CCCUGAUAUGAAGGGUACGGUUACCGGCCUGCUGAUCCGUGCACCAGGAAUAAAGGACGCGAGUCCUUGAGCUGAAAGAAGAAGAUGGCCAGAUCGUCGAGCUUAUGUCCCGCCAUUUCUACAUGAUCGACUACGAUGACAGCCCCGGGGAAGGCAGCCACUUGACCAAUGCGAUGGAGAUCAAUCCCGCCGUCUACGCCAUAGCAGAUAAGUAUGAGGUUGAGGGGUCUCAAAGCCGUCGCUGUAGACAAAGUUGGCACAGCGAGUCCCACCAUUUCCACGAAGAACGUGAAUCCGUUUGGUGCGAUCCGCUUGGCGUACGAAACCACUCCAUCCUCCGACUGCGGUCGCCGCGACCUGUGCGUGGAUCUCUGGGUCAUGGGGACGUCGACCACCAUGUCCGUUUGUCGGAGAGGCGCGGGUCAAGGAGCUUCUCCAGGGUGUGCCGGAGUUUGCCACUGAUUGUGCAGUCAGGAUGGGCAAGCUCCUAUCCGAGGGUAAGUUCCUGGGCAACCAUUGUUCCCAUCAUCAGACCGAUCACAGUCCCGCUUCUUUGUGGAGUCGACACCGGGCAAUGGCUUGCAAGCUAUACGCGGGUGGGGAGCAUAGCGUUCGUGUUGCGUGGACGCCAACAUGCUUCUGGAAGAAGUGGGUUAGCAGGGACUCUGAGUGGCAGCAGUGACCAGGGAGCUUUCAGUCUUGCACUGCACGGCAGCGAAGAAGGGUGGGUACGCACCUCUGAUCCCAACGCGAAUGACAUGGGGCGGCUGGCCGCCGCAGUAUUGAAAGUGCGACGAGGAAUCAGAAGCUGCACCAGGGUAGGCAACCCUGGCCACUGCAGCUUGUGGACUCCCUAGCGGUGUACUCUGGGUCUCCA